AUGAUCGAAAAACCCUGGUACAUCCCCGAGGAUGCCAUCACCGACUGGUCGGCCAAUCCACUGGCAGCCGGCGGCUUUGGCGAGGUGUUCACUGCCUCAUACUAUGGUGCCCCUGUCGCUGUCAAGCAGCUCUAUCGAGGCUACAACCAGAACGAGCUCGCCGACUUUGGUCGUGAGAUUGGCAUCUGGCACAAACUUACUCAUCCACAUGUCCUUCCCCUACUUGGUGCCUGCGACACUACCGCCAAGCCCUUCAUGGUCUCGCCCUUCAUGCCCAACGGCACCCUCCACAGCCACUUCUCCGCCACCGAACCUCGACCCUAUGGCGAGAAGAUCCGCCUCCUCUACCAAGUCGCCUCUGGCAUGGCCUAUCUCCACGGCAACAACAUUGUCCACGGCGACCUCAAGUCCCUCAAUGUGCUGCUGGAUGGUUCAUCCAAUGCCGUCGUGACUGACUUUGGCAUGGCCAGGACCAAGUACACCUCGGCCACGGCCAACCGCACUCGCCGCGACCAGCCAACUGGCGGCACCCUUGACUACAUGGCUCCGGAGAUGCUUGAUGAUGACGACCCCAUGGGAUCUUCAAUAACCACAGACAUUUAUGCCUUUGGCAUCACCAUGUACGAGGUCCUCAACGACUGCAAGCCCAUCUGGGUCACCGCCGACGGCCAGCCAAUGAGACCCACAGCCAUCGAGCGCCAAGUCCUCCGAGGCAACCGUCCCAAGCGUCUCGACGACAUCCCCGACGACAUCCGUGCCCUCAUCGAGCGCUGCUGGCACCAAGAUCCCGCCAUGCGACCCAAGUUUCCCGAAAUCCUUGCUAUCCUCCGUCAGUCCACUGAGAUUUCUCCCAUUCAAGACGUAGUGCAACGACCCACUAUCAUCGCCCCUCGUCGCUUGGAGUCGUUCCAGCCAAUCCUCGAGGCUUCCACCGCUACAGUACAUGCCCGAGUUGCUUACCAACGAUGA